GACAGAGAAACUUAGAUAAGAACUCUUGAAAACACAUACGAUCUAUUUCAGUUGACCAAUCUGAGCGUUGAACUAUCUGAGCUUAACUUAACUACUUGUGUUCAGUUAUCAUUGUUUCCAGCAGUGUUUCAUUGUUGUAGAAGGUGCUAUAAGACUGGAUACUAUAGGCCUACAUGCACAUUGCACAUGUAUAAUCAUAAUAUCUUUAUGAGGCUGAUUUUAUCGCACAGGUCUACGGUACAACAUCAGCAAUCUUUUCAAAAGUACGUAGGACUGGGGCUUCGAGAUUAUUACAGCGGAUUAUAAUGGAUGAUUUGAUUAUCGUUUACAUCCUCACAGCUUUCUGUACUUUGUUGGCUAUCGCCAGUGCUGUGCUGAUCUACCGGAAUGUGCAGUGGGAGAGGUCAGAGGUCAACAGACACAGGCUCAGGAAAGAAAAGAUGAGAUCAAAACCUCGCGCUGUUUUCACAAGUAGCCAACGUCCGAGACCUAAUCCCGUCCUCACUAUGCCUACGAAAUGUGCCUCAACCCAGACUGAUGACAUUGACCUCUGCCUCCCCGAGACACCGGACGUUGCCCAACAAGAAGUCUUUCUGCGGGAGCGGACGUCUCGGUAUGAUGACAAUUCUGACGUCACUACUGCAGCUGCUGUCACAGUGGACUCAGUGGGUGUGAUGGAUAGUAGUAGCUCGAAAGAAGAGGGUCUGUCAAGAAAGAAGCCUGAUUUUGAGGAAUACAGAACUCAGAAAAUGGGUCAUCCUGCUAGUCCGCUCAAACCGUUUCAUCCUCCAACUUCUGCUGCUCCCCCUCCUCCUCCUCCUCCUCUUCCUCCUCCUCCUCCCCCUCCUCCUCCUCCUCCUGUCUACAGUUUUCCGUCAGAGGACGUACAAGCUAUAACAGAAAAGUUAAACGACAGAACGAGGCUUUUUCCGAGAAAUGGCCUCCCAGAAGGACUGAAUUUUUAGACCUUUUCUUCUUUGUGAACACUGAGCCCCCCCC